AUGCGUUGGACUUUGAUCUUCUCCCUGGCUAUGGCUGCGACUGCUCAUCCAGCACUACGCGCCCGUGAUCCUUCACCCCGGUGCCGCGACAUGACCAACGCGGAUCUCGCACAGCUCAGCCUCGACGAGAAGAAGCUGAUUCUCGAAUACUUCAACAGUAUGCUGAAAGGACAAACAGUCUGUAGCCGUGGUGCACAGGACUUUAGCAAUCCUUGGGGCUGUAAUAUUCAGCAGACUAUCAAUGGCGGAUUCUUUGGAGGGUUGGAUGACAAUGGCAAUCCCUCGGGCAGUGCUGCUUCUGCGACAGGCAACGCACUCAACUGGAACCCCGAUGAUGUCAACGCAAUCCUACAUGUACCGACGAUCAACCAACAGUCGCAAUAUGGUCUCCAACCGCCACAGUUGUGCCUGGGCGAUGCUCCCACGGCAAAUAUCCAGACAGACUCGAGUGCAUGUACCUAUAGCAAUGCUGUCACCGAAGGCGUGGUUCAUGACUCUGGCACAUCUAUCCAGCUCGGAAUCACAACUGAGACUAGCGUGAGUCAUAGCUACUCAACAGAGUCUGAUCUCUCCAUCACCGCUGGUCUGAGCUUCACAGAGACAGUGGGAGUGGAGGGUGUCGACUCGAGUUCCGUCACGGCCUCGCUCAGUGUCACCGUCGGGUAUUCAGUGUCUCAGGGAACAGUCACCGACAACGGCCAGUCCGUCGUGCAGACCAUUACCUUGAAUCCUCAGAGGAACCGUGUGUGUUCUGUCCUCGUUUCUCAGCAGACUUGUCCCGGCUCAGGGACCCUGAUAACUCCGGUCAUUUUCUCCAAGUCGUCCAGUUAUGGCUACAUGACCGUCAACAACCUCAUUGUCGAGUUUCCAAAGAACAGACCUGAUUACGCCACCUACAAUGGUCAAAACGAAUACUGGGUCGGUGAUCUGGGCUCAAUUCUCUACCCAGGUUCAACGAGCGAUCAAUCUCUUACAACUACAAUCGAUACGGCACUGAUCACUACUGGUCACUACUCUGAACAAUGCUUGUGUCCUGAUAAUUCUACACCUAUCCCGCAACCUGACGGAAGUACCUAUUGCAGUGGAGAUACAAGCCAAGCCACUUCUUCGACCACUUCCUCGACCGCUUCUUCGACCACUUCCUCGACCACUCCUUCAUCUUCGUCGAAGCCGGUCAUCUCUACGACAUCCACGACCACUUCUUCGACCACUUCCUCGACCACUUCCUCGACCACUUCCUCGACUACUUCCUCAACCACUUCCUCGUCUUCGUCGAAGCCGGUCAUCUCUACGACAUCCACGACAUCGAACAAACCAAACAAAGUCUCUUCUUCGACAUCCCUCAGUAGUACUGCCACACCUUCCGCGACCUCUCUAUGCAAAUCCACGAGCUCUUCGACUUAUAAUGGCUUCAAACUUCUCUGUGGGUUCGAUCUACCUGGAAACGACUUCAAGUCAGUCCACGGUAGCGAUCUUGCUCAAUGUAUCGAUACUUGCGUCUCAACGAAUGGGUGUGUGGCUGUUUCAUAUGUGUCCGGCUCAUGCUACAUGAAGAACGGUGUCUCGGUGGCCAGUCCUGCUUCAUCUGUGCAAGCCGCCUAUCUUGACAUAUGCAGCGGUAGCAACAAAGACACCACCACCAUUGCCACUUUUGGUAAAUACCAGGUCGAGUGCGGUCAUGAUGUCGCCGGACACGAUAUGGGUUCCAAAUCUGGCUCAAGCUUUGCACAGUGCCUUGGUAUCUGCAGUGCGACCCCAGGCUGCAAGGCUGUAUCAUACGUUCCUGGAACUUGCUAUCUUAAGAGUGGCCUAGGCAAUCUCAAUCCGAACAAUGGCGUUCAAGCGGGCUGGCUAAGUGACGCUGGUUCUUCCAGCUCCUCUGCUCCAACUUGCGCGAAUGGUGCUAGUGACGGCACAAUCUUCACGGUUCCUGGCGGAGGAAAGUACACAAUCCAUUGUGGUAUCGACUAUGUAGGCGGUGAUCUCUCAACGUCUACGCAACCGACAUUCUCUGCCUGCAUCCAGGCUUGCGAUAGGACAGCUGGUUGUAUCGAUGUAACGUACUCGGGGACGACAUGUCAAUUGAAGAACAGAUUGGCAGGCAUCAAAGCAAAUGGUGCUGCCUGGACCGCAACGAAACAAGGAACGUGUUACAGCAACUGA